AUGUCCGAGCCUAGUCGGACCACUGUGACCAGGGGUCGCUGGGCUCGGCUUUCGAGGAUCCAGUUUGAGGAAGAAUGUCAGCACUGGGGGAUGACUGGUUCGUGGCCAGCCGAAGCAAGAUUCACAUGCACUUGUAGGGACGCGAUACUAGGGUUGUGCAAGAGUGAGUGUGUGUGCAUGCAAACAACCACAAAUGGAUGUGGGCUUAAUCCUUUUGGCGAGGGGUGUUGCGAGAGUUCGGCGAGUGCAGUCAAUGUCCGACUCCGACUCCAAUUCGACGAACAGCCUCAGUUCUCAGACAGACUCAAAUUCUGCGCUACUGUCGUCAGGCCGGUAGUCCUGACCUUUUCGGGUGCCAAGACCCGACUUCCGACCGGGCAGAUGGACAACCUCGGGCGU